GUGUGAUGUCAGCCUUCAUGAGAAGACCUGCAGAGAGCUAAAAAUGCAAAUGGACAUUAAACUACCAUGAGCAGCAGAAGAAUGCUUCACUGUUCUCUGACAGAAUGACACGUGCUGUGGGUACCAGUGGUCAGGAAGGCAGUUUUACAUCUGGAAGCUUCCCUGAUGGUUUUCAUAGUAAGUGAAGGCUUUCCCGGUCUGGGUGGUUUGGGAUUAAAUACUAAGCAGGGGUAGGUAAACGAUAAAGAAAGUAAUAAUACUGACUUCAGUAAGGUCGAGAUAGUGUACAUUUUGUCACAUACCUGCUUAGUUUAUAACAAUUCCUUUUCCUGAUACUCGGGUCGCUUGCAAAGCACUGUUGUAAUCUUUCUCCCCCUGACUCCAGGAUGAGAUAAUACAGCUUGUAGGAUAGGCACAGCUGAAAUCACUGUUUUUGGGAAUGUGAACAGGAGGAUGGCCUGAGGAUCUAACUUGAAAGUAGUUCCCAGCAGCUCCUGGGGAGUAAAUGUAUUUUGAGUGUUCUCAGGGAAAGGAAGUUUUGCUUGUCUGAACGCAACCUGAUGUUUAGUUUUGGCUUUUUAGAAGAUUUAAUUUAAAAAAAAAAAAAAAAAAGUUUCUACUGUGGGAUUUUUAUUCGUUUGGGAUUAAAAUUUUCUUUAGUUCAGAUUUAGUUGAGAUGAGCAUAGCUUGUGUGGCUUUCAGCAGUUGGAUUGUGGUCUUCUGACCAUGGGCAGUCUGGAAGGCACUUAAACUGAAAAAACACAAAGAAAUUCAAGUUUAUGGUUUAGCUGUAAAUAGAAACUAUUGUGGAAACACUGCAUAAGAUGGUGUUCCCUACAAACCCUUCAGUUCAUUAUCUCUGUAAACUUAAGACAGUUUGCCUUAAGUUUUUUGCCCUUCCCAUGCUUAAUACGUUAAGAAUUCUCUAGUCUCUGGAGCGUAGUACUUCUAGAUUUGACUACUAAUGAGACAGCUUCUAAAAAUCAGAAGGACGGUAGCAACAAGUCCAAGGAGUUAUAAUGGGAAAGCUGGCAGGUACUAAAUGACAAAACCCCCAUGAGUGGAAAGACAUUGUUUGACUCACCUAACAUAGCUGAGCUGAUGGAAUGGAAUAAAAAGUUGUAAUCAGACGUUUUCAUCUUAGUUAGAUAUCAGUGUGGAAGCAUAGGCACUGGGUGAAGUUAGGUUGAAAUUUCAUACCAACAGCUUAAUGAGCUUCUAUGACUGUUCAUGGCAACCUCCAAUGUUGCUUUUGGGAAUUGCAGCAAAUCGCUGCUUGCCAAAACCCCCAAGAUUCUAGGUAGUGUGGUCUGGUAUUGUCUGUAAAUGGGAAAUUGCCUUUUCCCUAACCACCAGUGGAUAAAAAAAAUGAUGAAUCUUUUCAGUUCACAGGAAGAGGGAUCUUAAAGUAGAAACAGAAGUUAGAUACUGGAGAGGUCUGCUUGCAUGUUUCCUGGCUGAAUUGUGGCCUCGGUUUAUGAAGGAUCAUGUUCAGUUUUCAUAGAAGCAGCCUCUUAAGCUGCUCAAGGAGCUGUACAAUUGUUAAAUAGGACUUUGUGCCUAUUUAAGUGCCCCUUCCAUCAGGCGAUAGCUCACAGGGAGUGUUUGUUCAGGCAAAAACUGGGUAGGUGCAGGGACACAUAGGGAAAAUUUAGUCACUUGACAUGUUAGAUGUUGAAGGGUGAGGCAAAGGGACAUCUCUGCAGAUGAGACAAAUGAAAGCUGACGUAAAAUGUGAAGCUUGAGAACGUUAUUAGGGUUUGGAAACUAAUGUUUCUCUCUUUCUUGUUUGAAAACGUGGUUUAGCAGUUCCUUUGAACAGGCUCAGAUAAAUACAAAUAUGCAGUUAUCUUGGAAGUGUUCUUAUUUUGUCCAACAUUUGUCUUCAAUAAAUAGUGAAAUAGUGCAAAAAAUGAGCAACUGAGCAACUUGCUACUUAAAAGUCUGAUGUCAGGAGUGCAUUAGGGCAUCUCUUAUUAAGCACAGAAGGGUUUAAUUGUAUUAUAAAAACUGUUUACAAGCUUAUAUCAAGUCUUCGAACCUGCAGGAUGCUUGCGGCUGGCAGUAAAGUUUAUAAUUGCUUUUCCUAAUACUGUAUCCAUUUUAAGAGUUCCUAAGUUCAGUCUUCUCCUUGAGCAAAAAGUUUCACGAUUAUUAGAUCUGCGUAAUAUUCAGUCACGUUAAGUAUACCUGAAAGUGCUGCCCUGUGUAAAGGGUGGUUUUGAGAUGUUCUCGCUGUUUCUUAUGUGUUCUUGUUUUCACUUGGGCCUCCUAGGUGCUGUAAAUAAAAGUUUUUAUUUCCUCAGCUGCAACUGAAUUAGUAAUGGAACUGACUAGUAAGAAGUAAAUAAAGCAACAGCCAGUUCUCUAGAAUUUCUUCAUGCGGAAGAAACUACUUUUAACUUCUUCAGCUUCAAAUGUAAGGUGUUAAUCCACAAACUUGGGUUUACUGGUGUGAUUUCAAGAGCGUCACAGGCACACGAUUGUAAUACUUAUAUUGUGAAAGGCUUUAACAGCUCAACUGUUGAUUUGGAACACAGAAUUUAUUUUAUAAAUUACUUCUUUUAAUCCCAACUGUUUUAAUUAGAAUCCAGGACUAAAGCCUGUGGAUUCUGCAGGGCUCCUAAAGAGCCAGUAUGUCUCGCUUGACCAUGGUAGAGUGGAAUCAUUUAUCUUAGAUCAGGAUGAUCUUGAAAACCCCAUGUUGGAAACAGCUUCUAAACUCCUUUUGUCAAGUACUGCCGAUGGUGCUGACCUGAGAACAGUAGAUCCAGAAACCCAGGCAAGAUUAGAAGCUUUACUUGAAGCUGCAGGAAUAGGUAAGCUGUCCACAGCUGAUGGUAAAGCAUUUGCAGAUCCUGAGGUGCUUCGCAGACUGACUUCUUCGGUCAGUUGCGCGUUGGAUGAAGCUGCUGCUGCACUUACCCGGAUGAGAGCAGAAAGCACAGCAAAUGCAGGGCAGACGGACAACCGCAGCUUGGCAGAGGCUUGUUCAGAAGGAGAUGUAAAUGCUGUGCGGAAGUUGCUGAUUGAAGGAAGGAGUGUGAAUGAGCACACAGAAGAAGGGGAGAGCCUCCUCUGCUUGGCCUGCUCAGCAGGGUAUUACGAGCUUGCACAGGUUCUUCUGGCAAUGCAUGCUAAUGUGGAGGACCGUGGUAUUAAAGGAGACAUCACACCUCUCAUGGCUGCUGCUAAUGGUGGACAUGUCAAAAUUGUCAAGUUGCUGCUCGCUCAUGGUGCUGAUGUGAAUGCGCAGUCGUCAACAGGCAAUACAGCUCUUACAUAUGCCUGUGCUGGAGGCUACGUUGAUGUUGUGAAAGUACUGCUGGAAUCUGGUGCCAGUAUCGAGGACCAUAAUGAGAAUGGUCACACUCCUCUGAUGGAAGCAGGAAGUGCUGGCCAUGUGGAAGUGGCCAGAGUGCUGCUGGAAAACGGAGCAGGAAUAAAUACGCAUUCCAAUGAAUUCAAGGAGAGUGCACUUACGCUGGCUUGCUACAAAGGCCAUCUAGAAAUGGUGAGAUUUCUGCUGGAAGCUGGUGCAGACCAGGAACACAAGACAGAUGAAAUGCAUACUGCUCUUAUGGAAGCUUGCAUGGAUGGCCAUGUGGAAGUGGCAAGAUUACUGCUUGACAGUGGAGCUCAGGUGAACAUGCCUGCGGACUCUUUUGAGUCUCCAUUGACUCUGGCAGCCUGUGGCGGGCACGUUGAACUGGCAGCAUUGUUGAUUGAACGUGGAGCUAACUUGGAAGAGGUCAACGAUGAAGGAUACACGCCACUAAUGGAGGCAGCUAGAGAAGGCCAUGAAGAGAUGGUGGCACUGUUACUUGGUCAAGGAGCAAACAUCAAUGCUCAGACAGAGGAGACACAAGAAACCGCAUUAACUCUGGCUUGUUGUGGAGGUUUUCUGGAGGUUGCAGAUUUCCUCAUUAAAGCAGGAGCUGACAUUGAACUCGGUUGUUCUACCCCUUUGAUGGAAGCUGCUCAAGAGGGUCAUUUGGAGCUGGUUAAAUACUUACUAGCUGCAGGGGCUAAUGUGCAUGCAACAACAGCCACAGGGGACACGGCACUGACAUAUGCCUGUGAAAAUGGCCAUACUGAUGUAGCAGAUGUCUUACUGCAGGCAGGUGCAGAUUUGGAGCAUGAAUCAGAAGGUGGAAGAACUCCUCUCAUGAAAGCUGCAAGGGCAGGUCACGUUUGCACUGUUCAGUUCUUGAUUAGCAAAGGAGCAAAUGUGAAUAGGACCACAGCUAACAACGAUCAUACAGUGCUGUCGCUGGCCUGUGCUGGAGGUCAUUUGGCAGUCGUGGAGUUACUGCUAGCUCAUGGUGCUGAUCCUACACACAGAUUGAAGGAUGGCUCAACUAUGUUAAUAGAGGCAGCAAAAGGUGGUCAUACCAGUGUGGUUUGUUACCUUCUCGAUUACCCAAACAACUUGCUUUCUGCUCCUCCGCCUGAUGCUACACAGCUGACCCCACCAUCUCAUGAUUUAAAUAGGGCUCCUCGCGUACCAGUGCAGGCGCUGCCCAUGGUCGUCCCACCCCAGGAGCCUGACAAACCCCCUGCUAAUGUCGCCACAACCCUUCCCAUCAGAAAUAAAGCUGCUUCUAAACAAAAGUCCAGCAGUCAUUUGCCAGCAAACAACCAGGAUGUACAGGGUUACAUCACCAAUCAGUCUCCAGAGAGCAUUGUAGAAGAGGCUCAGGGCAAGUUGACAGAGCUGGAGCAGAGGAUAAAAGAAGCCAUAGAGAAGAACGCUCAGCUGCAGUCCCUGGAAUUGGCACAUGCUGACCAGCUCACCAAAGAGAAGAUUGAGGAGCUGAACAAAACCAGAGAGGAACAAAUUCAGAAGAAGCAAAAGAUUUUGGAGGAACUGCAGAAAGUGGAGCGAGAGUUACAGCUGAAAACUCAGCAGCAGCUCAAAAAGCAGUAUCUAGAGGUAAAAGCGCAAAGAAUUCAGCUCCAGCAACAGCAGCAGCAACAGUCUUGCCAGCAUCUGGGACUACUGACUCCUGUUGGGGUAGGAGAACAACUCUCAGAGGGAGACUAUGCGCGAUUACAGCAAGUGGACCCCAUCUUGCUUAAAGAUGAUCCCCAGCAAGCUGCUGCGCAGACGGGUUUUGCACCAAUUCAGCCUCUGGCGAUGCCACAAGCUUUGCCUCUGGCAGCAGGUUCCUUACCUCCAGGGUCCAUCGCAAAUCUUACAGAACUGCAAGGUGUUAUAGUUGGACAGCCAGUGUUGGGCCAAGCACAACUAGCAGGGCUGGGGCAAGGAAUACUGACAGAAACACAGCAAGGGUUAAUGGUAGCCAGCCCUGCUCAGACGCUCAAUGACACGCUGGAUGACAUCAUGGCAGCAGUGAGCGGAAGAGCAUCUGCAAUGUCAAACACUCCUACCCACAGCAUUGCAACUUCUGUCUCCCAACCUCAGACGCCAACUCCGAGUCCUAUCAUUUCUCCCUCAGCCAUGCUACCAAUCUACCCUGCUAUAGAUAUUGAUGCUCAGACUGAGAGUAAUCAUGACACAGCAUUGACACUUGCUUGUGCUGGUGGCCAUGAAGAGCUAGUACAGACACUGCUAGAGAGAGGAGCUAAUAUUGAACACAGGGACAAGAAAGGGUUUACUCCGCUUAUUUUGGCUGCUACAGCUGGCCAUGUGGGUGUUGUUGAAAUCUUACUGGAUAAUGGAGCUGAUAUUGAAGCCCAGUCUGAGAGAACCAAGGACACUCCCUUGUCUUUGGCUUGUUCAGGAGGGAGACAAGAGGUGGUGGAGUUGCUGCUAGCUCGGGGGGCAAACAAGGAGCACAGGAAUGUUUCUGAUUACACACCUUUAAGCCUCGCCGCGUCGGGUGGCUACGUGAACAUUAUUAAGAUCCUGCUAAAUGCUGGGGCAGAAAUAAAUUCCAGAACUGGUAGUAAAUUGGGCAUUUCUCCCUUGAUGCUGGCGGCCAUGAACGGACACACUGCUGCUGUCAAGCUGUUACUGGACAUGGGCUCUGAUAUAAAUGCCCAGAUAGAGACUAACAGGAACACAGCCCUGACUCUGGCUUGUUUCCAGGGGAGAACUGAAGUGGUUAGCCUGCUGCUUGAUAGAAAAGCUAAUGUGGAACAUAGAGCUAAGACUGGUCUCACACCAUUAAUGGAAGCAGCUUCUGGUGGAUAUGCAGAAGUGGGCAGAGUUCUGCUGGACAAGGGUGCAGAUGUAAAUGCUCCUCCAGUACCUUCUUCAAGAGAUACAGCUUUAACUAUUGCAGCAGACAAAGGGCACUACAAAUUUUGUGAGCUCCUCAUUAGCAGAGGAGCUCACAUCGACGUGCGUAACAAGAAGGGGAACACUCCGCUGUGGCUGGCAGCCAAUGGAGGGCAUCUAGAUGUUGUCCAGCUGCUAGUUCAAGCUGGAGCUGAUGUGGAUGCUGCUGAUAACAGGAAGAUAACUCCUCUCAUGGCAGCCUUUCGAAAGGGUCAUGUGAAAGUGGUGCGCUACCUAGUCAAAGAAGUAAACCAGUUCCCAUCGGACUCGGAAUGCAUGAGAUACAUAGCAACCAUUACUGAUAAGGAGAUGUUGAAGAAGUGCCACCUGUGCAUGGAAUCAAUUGUUCAAGCCAAAGAUAGACAAGCUGCUGAAGCCAACAAAAAUGCAAGCAUUCUUUUGGAGGAACUGGACUUGGAGAAGCUAAGGGAAGAAAGCAGGAGACUGGCUUUGGCUGCUAAAAGGGAGAAAAGGAAGGAGAAAAGGAGGAAGAAAAAAGAAGAGCAGAGGCGAAAACUAGAAGAAAUAGAAGCAAAAAAUAAAGAGAAUUUUGAACUUCAAGCUGCUCAGGAGAAAGAGAAGCUAAAAGCUGAAGAUGAUCCAGAGGUCCCAAUGGAGCCUCCAAGUGCUACCACUACAACCACCAUAGGUAUAUCUGCAACUUGGACAACAUUAGCAGGUUCCCAUGGGAAGAGGAACAAUACCAUCACCACAACAAGCUCCAAAAGGAAAAACAGGAAAAACAAAGUGACUCCUGAUAACGUUCAGAUUAUAUUUGAUGAUCAACUCCCAAUUUCCUAUAGCCAACCAGAAAAAGUCAAUGGUGAAUCCAAGAGCAGUAGUACUAGUGAGAGUGGUGACAGUGACAAUAUGAGGAUCUCCAGCUGUAGCGAUGAAAGCAGCAAUAGCAACAGCAGCCACAAAAGUGACAAUCAUUCUUCCACAGCCGUUACUAACACACAGAGCAACAAAAAGCAACCAUCAGUUCUUGUCACUUGUCCAAAGGAUGAGAGGAAAGCAGUUACUACUGGCAAAUCAUCCAUCAAGUUGCCAGAAGUUAUUAGUGAAGUGGCGAGUAAUUCCUUGUCUACAUGCACAAAGUCUGGUCCUUCUCCCCUUUCUUCUCCAAAUGGCAAGCUCACCAUUGCUAGUCCUAAACGUGGUCAGAAAAGGGAAGAAGGAUGGAAAGAAGUUGUGAGAAGGUCCAAGAAGGUUUCUGUUCCAUCGACUGUAAUUUCCAGAGUCAUUGGCAGAGGAGGGUGUAACAUCAAUGCGAUCCGUGAGUGCACAGGAGCACACAUAGACAUUGACAAACAGAAGGACAAAACUGGAGAUAGAAUAAUAACAAUAAGGGGUGGCACAGAAUCGACAAGACAGGCCACGCAGUUGAUCAACGCUCUGAUUAAGGAUCCAGAUAAAGAAAUCGAUGAACUUAUCCCAAAGAACCGCUUGAAAAGUUCGGCCGCAAACUCCAAAAUGGGGUCGUCGACACCUGCCGCCACUACAGCUGCUAACAGUUCUCUCGUGGGCAUCAAAGUGACCACCGUAGCUGCUUCGUCAACAUCUCAGACUGCCUCCGCACUCACCGUGCCUGCAAUUUCUUCAGCAUCCACUCACAAAACCAUCAAGAACCCGGUGAAUAACGUUCGGCCUGGUUUCCAAGUCUCUCUUCCAUUAGCAUAUCCGCCUCCACAGUUUGCACACGCAUUACUCGCUGCUCAGACUUUCCAGCAAAUCCGUCCACCUCGGUUGCCCAUGACACACUUUGGAGGUACUUUCCCACCAGCUCAGUCCACGUGGGGCCCAUUUCCCGUUAGGCCAUUGAGCCCUGCAAGAGCUACCAACUCACCAAAACCUCACAUGGUGCCUCGCCAUAACAGUCAGAACAGUGGCGGUUCUCAGGUGAAUUCAGCAAGUUCUUUGACAACUAGUCCAACGGCUACAACAAGUUCAGUGGCUUCUACUGUGCCUGGUUCUUCUGCAAACGGCAGCCCAAGUUCACCUUCAGUCAGAAGACAGCUUUUCGUCACGGUGGUGAAGACAUCCAACGCCACAACGACCACGGUGACAACCACAGCAAGCAACACGAGCACAGCGCCUACGAAUGCCACGUAUCCAGUUCCUACUGCCAAAGAACACUACCCUGCAUCUUCCCCCUCAUCUCCUUCUCCUCCUGCGCAGCCAGCAGGUGUUUCCAGAAGCAGUCCUUCCGACUGUGCAGCAACCUCUCCCAACAAAGGUGCACCUUCAUCUGAUCCCGAAGUGGGUAGUCCUCCAGCAGUGGAAACGAGCAGCUCAACCAGCAGUAGGCAGCCCAAUUCCAGUACUGGCAGCUCAUCGGUGCACCCUGCUCAUCAGCAGCCUCCAGGAGCUCCUCUGCCAGAGGCAAGACCCCCUCUUCAGCAACCUCAGGUUCCCACACCAGAUCCUCGCAUGGUUGUGCCUCCGAAUUUAGCAGCGACGAGCUCAUCUGCUCCUGUGGCAGGUCCAGCUAAUUCCCCGAUGACCUAUCCCAUGUCUCAGACAUCAAUAGGGUCUUCUCAGCCUGCAGCUAAGAUGGAAAGCCCAGCUAUCAGGCCACCUGUCCAUGGAACCGGUAAUGUCCAUAAGAAUCCAGCUCCUGUGCAAAGUUCUUCUGUCGCAGUCCUCAACGUUAACCACAUCAAAAGGCCCCACAGUGUUCCUUCGUCGGUGCAGCUCCCUUCUACCUUAAGUACACAAAGUGCUUCUCAGAAUUCAGCCCACCCAGCAAACAAGUCCAUGGGUAACAAUUUCAGUGCUACUCUGCCGUUUGGGCCCUUUAGUACGUUGUUUGAGAACAGCCCGACAUCUGCUCAUGCCUUCUGGGGUGGUUCUGUCGUGUCAUCUCAGACAACACCAGAAUCGAUGCUGUCGGGAAAGUCUUCAUUUUUGCCAAAUUCUGAUCCUUUACAUCAGUCUGAUACUUCCAAAGCCCCAGGUUUUAGGCCACCGUUACAGAGGCCAGCUCCGAGUCCCUCAGGUAUUGUCAGUAUGGAUUCACCCUAUGCUUCUGUAACACCUUCUUCUACCCACCUGGGUAAUUUUGCCUCCAACCUCUCGGGAGGUCAGAUCUACGCGCCUGGGACUCCUCUUGGUGGAGCACCUGCAGCUGCUAAUUUUAACAGACAGCAUUUUUCCCCGCUUAGUUUGUUGCCUCCAUGUUCAUCAGCAUCAAAUGAAUCUCCUGCUCAGUCGGUGUCUUCCGGAGUAAGAGCACCAUCUCCCACCCCUUCAGCAGUACCCUUGGGAUCAGAAAAGCCCAGUAACGUUUCUCAGGACAGAAAAGUUCCUGUUCCAAUUGGGACUGAACGGUCUGCACGUAUUAGGCAAACUGGAACAUCUACUCCGUCUGUUAUCGGGAGCAACUUAGCAGCUCCAGUGGGACAUAGUGGGAUCUGGUCCUUUGAGGGUAUAGGUGGCAAUCAAGACAAAGUGGAUUGGUGUCACAGCGGAAUGGGGAGCCACAUGAUCCACAGGCCCAUGUCUGAUCCCGGGGUGUUCUCACACCAAGCCAUGGAGAGAGACAGCACGGGAAUUGUAACGCCUUCUGGUACAUUCCAUCAGCCCGUUCCUGCAGGAUACAUGGACUUCCCAAAAGUCGGGGGUCUGCCUUUUUCUGUGUAUGGGAAUGCAAUGAUUCCUCCUGUAGCCCCCAUCACAGAUGGUACUGGAGGCCCUAUAUUCAAUGGGCCUCAUGCUGCUGACCCAUCUUGGAACUCGCUGAUAAAGAUGGUUUCAAAUUCCACAGAAAAUAACGGGCCUCAGACGGUGUGGACUGGAACUUGGACACCUCACAUGAACAGUGUGCAUAUGAACCAACUGGGCUGAGUGGGAUCAACUUGCUAGCCUUGCGAUUCCUUUUUGGCAGAGGAAAACACAAGUGGCAGAAACAGUUUAUGUGCUCCCAGAUCAUUCUACUGAUGUGCUUGACUGAAGUGUGUAGGCUUUUUGCAGAAGAACUUACUAACUGACCUUUUUCUGUGAACAUUGUGACCGCCCAUUCCCCACCAUCAUACGUUUCAACUUACUUAGCCUUUAUUCUUUCCUUUCCUUUUUUUUUUGUUUUUGUUUUGUUUUGGGUUCUUUUUUUUUUGGGUUUUCUUUUUUUUGUUUGUUUUUUGACAUAACUUUCUGUUGAAGCUGUUCUUUGGCUGGUUGGUUUUAGUACUGUAAACUGCUUCUGAGCAAACACAGAAAUUUAGCAAAACUUAUGUAAACUUGAUCCUGAAGUUUUAGAAUGGCAAAUAAAUGUACAAUUGUUUACAUAACAAAUGGCUAAGCAGAAAGUAAAUUUCAAUAUGUCAGUAUAGAGGCUCUACUUUAUGUAGACUUAAAUUAAUGUGAGAUAUGUACCUUCAUAUUCAGAAAUCUGGAUGUUUCCUUCAUACAUUAAACUAUUAAUAAGCAUAACUUUUCUACUUGUGUAAUUUAAGUACAUUAUAAAGAAAAAGGGGCAUUCUCUGAGGGCUUUUCCCAUGUGUGUGGUGGAUUCUCUGAGAAGGCAUGCAGCAGUUGGAACCAGAUCUUUUGAGAGUUUCCAUUUUCCUUCUAUGGAAGGCUUUUCAGCAAAAAGCACCCAAGAAAACAGCCUUUUGGCACAUGCAGUCAUUUCCACACUGAACUCCUCCCCUACUUGCCCGGUGAAUGGCAUCAAUGUAUCACACUGCAGCAUCUAUUAAAAGGUAUUCUUGCA